AUGAGCAAGGAGACCUUGAUACCAGAGGACGCUGCGACGUCUUCUGAAAAGGCUUCACGUUAUUUGCGAAAGAAGACGACAGACAUCGAGCCUCUGAUCAAAUUUGCAAACGGUCUUAUUGAUGGGUCCUACCCGAGCCUUUUUUUCCCUCGAAAAGAAGAGUUUUUAUUGGAAUGGUGGUUUGAUCGAGCCGAAGCCGGCAUGAAGAAUGAGCGGUUCUGGCAACUGUUUCCCAAGCUAUGGGACCAAACAGAUAAAGAUUCCAGAAUACAGAUAUAUCACCGACAUAAAUAUCUCGACACUUUGAAGUCAGUUCUCCAGUGGAUCAGCGGAUCAGAAGAGCCAGAGAAGGACAAACUCGACUACUCCCACGCAAAGCUGGCAAUCCGGCCUGUCGUGCUAGUUUCUCUAGAGCGCGUCAGCAAGGACCAAAUAUAUAUGAGAACUACAAAUCAGAUAAUGGUGUCAAUUGUCGUGAGCUACCUGAAGCUGACGCAGGCUUUCGAAGAGACUGCAAGCGACGCGAUUGCCAGAUCGGUAUUCUCAAUUUACGACAACACACUAUACGGAGUCCUCAACUACAAAAAAGUAUCUCAAGCUCUGUCGUCUGAUGGCCUGGUGGCAGUAUUCAUUGCUUUUGAAAAAGCUAGGCGAGAGUCUUAUCUAUACACGAGACUAGGAGACAUUAUUCGCGAUCUGGUGUACAGUCCUUCGAUUAUGAAACAGGCUGCUGAAGGAGUUUCUGGAAAGAAAGAAGGAAAGAAAAGCACAGCCAACUCUGUUGACACUGUUGACAGCGAAAAUUUAUUCAAGAAUCUGUUCGACGUGCUGAAGAGCAUUCCUGAUAUUCAACAAAAGGGGGAGCUACUGAGUGAGAUUUUGGGCCUGGGUCUAUCCAAAUUCGAAAAGACGAAACAAAAAGCAUUGAUGCCGAAACUGUGUGAAGCUUUCUUGCAAUUCUCACCAGCCAGUGCUGUCUACCUUAUUCCCCAAGCGCAAUCCCAAGAUAUGAUCAUGUCUUCAGAAGUGCUCACCAAGGCCCUCGAAGCUCAAGCAUAUAAGGAUUGGCCUCUAGCAACGACAAUUGUUGAUCUCGAUGCAGACGCAGUGUUACCGAUCACAGAUAAGCUAGUUCACGACAACCUCACCCACGCACCGAGCACCACCGAAACAGUUGAAUUUCUGUGCCAUCUGGCGUCCGCAUAUGCCAGGAUUCGUGAUUUACAAGCUUUCAUGACACUAUGGAAAGAAGAACUGGCAUCUGCUGGGGAUUUCGAAGAGAGCUCUUGGAAGUCAGAGUCACUGGUUCGCAAUAUUGCUCGAAUUCUAUCAGAGAAUUGGACAAUCCACCAGUUCAGUAGCGCGAUUCCUAAUCGCGAGAUCGAGCACGAAGAAUUGCUACCACUUAUUGCAAUCGUCCUAGCGUGUUCAAGGACGGCUGAUUCAUUAAAUGAUGCAUUCAACAAAAAGCUGGCAGCUUUGCAUGAAAAGCUACUUUCUGACGAUUUGAAGGAGAAUUAUCUAGCAUGGCGGCUUCGUUAUUUGAUCAUCUCUGUCAAUCGAGAGGUCGCAAAGUCGGUAAUCGCUUCGACGGACCCAAAUCAUUUACUGAAUGCUUUAAUCUCACCAGAGAAGAAGCUGAAGGAUCGAAGAGUGAUCUAUUUCAUGAUACAGAAUAUACUGAGAAUCUCGGAGUUUCAGCUUUUGGAGAAUUUCUCACAGGCUGCAGAUUACAUUCUUACUCUCCUGAGCCCUUCGAAGGCAAAAUAUGAGUCAUGGGACAAAGAAUCUCAGAGCAUCAGCAAGCAAAAUAUUAGCACUGCAAUGCUGCAUUCCACUGUUGAGCGCUGGUUAGUUUUGGCUGAAAACAGGUUUACUCCAGACCAGAUCCUGCUGCUCGCGGAAGCUCUCUGGCAUUGCGGAAAGUCUGACAAAAAUUCGGAACCCUGGAGCAGAUUACUGGAUAGUCCCCUGCUUUACGAACAGGUUCAGUUGAAAAACUCCCUUGCCGAUUUGCUGGUAUCGCAGCUUGCGAUCGGAAAAUCUGAGGAUCGCGACGCCAUAAUCAAAGCGUUGCGCAAAUCAAAAUCAAAAUCACUUGAUGAAGCUGAUCUUAUCUUUAAAGCUAUCGAUGCGCUAUUACAAUAUCCCAUCGAGAGCUUGCGGAGAUCUAUCCGAGCACGGGUGCUUGACUGCUUACUGCUGAUCGAUAAAUACUCAUCGGAUCUUCAACUGCUGCUGAAAUCGAGGACGCUGAUCCAAAAGUUUUUGGCUUUACCUAAUAUGAAGUCGAUCCUGCAAACGAACCCUGCCGGUCUGUCCAGUCUCAUCUCCAAAUCGGAGGAACUAUCUGAUUUCGAUCUUGAUAAUAUUACUACGGACAUCAUGACUGCAGUGUUUGGGUAUGCUGUUGGGGGAGAUUCAACAGAUUCCUCGGUUCAAUUCCUGAAAGACGUACAUGCAUCUGCAUUCGAUACUCUUCAGUCUGGUGGAUCAGUUGGACGUGGUACGCUGCGGAUGUUUUCUCUGUCUAGCAGGUAUAUCGAGAAAUCUGGAAGUACUAUUCCGGAUGAAAAUCUACUGAAAGGAGUUGAUUUUAUCAGCGAUAUGCUAUCGCAACCGAAGCAGAAGCUGGAUCUACUCACCCAACGGUCGGCUCUGCUCGCACUUGGCGAACUCAACGAAUUACUGUCAUUCAGAAGAGAUCUCAGUGUUUCUGGAGCAGUGUUGAAUCUGAUUCCGGGACAUGUCAAGAUACUUUCAUCAAUCACAGAAUCCGGAGCCAACGUCACGCCCGAGAUCAACAUAUCGGGUCAGAUCCUGCAGACUAUCUUUGGCAUGGUCAGUUCCUGGAAUCAUGACUCAGUCGAUGGAAAACUACGGGAUGCUCAGCGACUCACCACGCUGUACACAUCACUGAAUCAAAUUUCACGGUCAACUUCGUCGAUUGAUAGCAGUCUGAUCCGACAGAAGUUCAAAGAGAAAGCUAAAGGAUGGAGUAAAGAGACCUUUGAGGCGAUUUUCAAUCAGCUACUGCAAAUAUCAACGCACACCGAAAAUUCCGCGGAUGCAGAGAGUAUAAACACAUUGACAGCUCUGUUGACGGUCGAAGGUUCAGAUCAUUACGCAUUUCUGACUCGAAGGUUAUCGUUAUUGGCUUGCACUCUUGUUCUUGAUCAACAGAAGAUUACGAGCGCUAGGUCAUAUCUCGACAUACUCAAGCUGUUUGAGACGGUUAUGAAGGAGAAAACUUCACUCAUCACACCAUUCACAUUCACCCAACUCUUCACCUUUCUGAUCCUCACAAGCUCUCAGUCAGGGCCAAAGUUCUCCGAUUUAUAUUCGGUGGAUGAGGUGUACAUUCACAUUUGCUCCACCGCUUCUAGUAUCAUAUUGCUGUUGGGACGAUACUUCCGAGGCAGACAUAAUCUCGUCAUUAGACUCCUAGAGAAUCUCUUGUAUGGACUAUGCCGGUCACGCAAGGUAGCCAUCCAAAAACUGGGUGCGAUGAACUGGAAACGAGCUUCUUGGCUACCCGUCUCUCAGUCCUGUUCUGUGGAUUGCGCGUUGGCCUACUCGAGACUCCUGGCAAAUAUCUGCGAUCCAAAUCUCUCUAGGUCGAAGGCAUCGUCGAACCCAAAGAAGCGGUCUCGUGGGGAAAAUCAGGCAGAGAGUGAUUUCGCGCUUUCGUCAAGCUCAGGAACAUCUAGGCGUGCGCUGUCAAAACAUGUUCCGUUUCUGAUCACAGAGUACUGCUAUGCGGCGACCCAUUUCAGCUUUGAUGCAGAUGUACAGCAAGCGCUUAUGACCGGGUUGUACACGGUGUUUGAUAUCAUGGGAGAGCAUGAGCUUGCAAUCACAAACGCCUCUGUUGAUGCGACGGGACGGGCAAUCUUUAAGCGAUUGUACGAAGAUUACAACAAGUUUGGAAAGUGGCAUGAGAUUUGA